CAGCAUACCGCACAGCACGCCAACUAUCGCACCCGACUUGUACUUGAGGUCGCAACUCUCGGUCGUGCACGUGUUCUCGAGCUUGAUGUAGUCCUGGUGGAACAUGAUGCCGAGACUGCCGAGCACCCAGAGAAUGCCCCAGCCGAUCUGUACGCCAACCAUGAUGAGCGCCACCAAAAGCGUCAUUGGCAGUCGGAAGAUGGCAUGUCCCGCCACUUUCAGAUGCGCCGCAGCGAAUUUGAUCCGCUUGCGGAUACAGCACACGUACAGAAUCGUGAGCAACGCGAAGAGGCCGAAGACGACGGCCGGCCACCAGUACCAGUCCGAACCGCUGUCGUAUGCCUUUUUAGUUAGGAAAAUAGCGGCUAAGAUAUUGAGCACGAUGAUGGUAAUGAGGGCCACCCAGAUGAGAAACUCGGCCAGCAGAACCAUGACGGCGAUCCAGACUACAGACAUGCCGGCGGCCGCGAGACCUGCCAGACCGACGAUACUCAGCAUGAGUUUCACGCCCGAGGACUCGGAGAGGCCCUGGACGUUCGUGGCAUCAAUGAAGUCGUCGCCGUAUUUGGCCGCAAACACGAUGGUGACGACCACGACGGCCACGAACGGGAUCAAAAAGAAAAAGUCAUUGCAUUCGCGCUUGACGGGUGGAGCGUUGCUUUCGGUCGGAGGAGCGGACGGUUGAAUUGCAUGAGGAGACUCGGUUGGCUGUUGAUGGUACGGGCUCGCACCGACGACGGGCGACGACAUUGCACGUCUAGGAACUGGAAGAAGCUGGUGGAUGUAGAGACCAACGAGUCGAAAUGAGGAGUGGGCGUCGAAGAAAGCAAAGUGACAAGUACCGACCCCCACAAAGUCGAAACUGAUUUUGUAUCGGCGGUUGGACACAAACGGAGCAAUGAUUUUAUGCAAGCAUGACAGACUUUAUUUUUGCGGUAAUCACCUUCACCUUGUCGCUGGAUACUCUGGCCAUAGGCAUUGCUGGCUGUGCACAAGUGAACCUAUACGGUGAAGCCAUUGGAUUGCAUUCACUUGUACUUCGGCUAGAUUUGAAUUGAUACCUGAAACGCUGUCAAUGAGUUGCCUUCCCAGUGAACGUCUUUCACUGGAUGCUUAGAAUUCGUCUGCAUGUCGCCACGUCAGCGCUGUGUGUUGUUCCAAACGAGGGGUGCUGAAUACGCGGUUGCAGCCAGCAUUGCUGCGAGCAACGGUUUGACUUAGAUCCAUGUAGCGUCGAUGAAGAUAAUAAUACAGAAGUCCUCUGGGAAUCGAAAUUCGAUGCGUCUUGUGAAGAAUUCGCAAGAAAUCCUAAAC